AGCCAUUGAUGGCAUGACGUCACAGACUGUCUAGAUUCUCAUUGGCUACAGAAUAGCUCCGUCCCUUCACAGGAGCCAAUCCUGAGCAGCGAAGGGGCGAACCCGGAAACGAAGUUCUCUGUGAGGUUCUCCCUGAGAAAGGUUGGAAAGAUUCAAACAAUGCAGACAUAAUUCAUCUCUUUAAAGAUUGCACCUUGGAACUUGAAAUGCUUUUUAUUUAGAAGAGUAAUAAAAAUGGAAGAAGAAAAAGUCAAGGAUGAUGAAAAACCAGACCUGGAAAACUCUGUGGACUUCUCUGAACAGUUUAACCAGCUUGAAUUGUUGAAAACACAUGGACACCUGAUUCCCACUGGUACUCAGAGUCUCUGGGUAGGCAAUUCUGAUGAAGACGAGGAGCAGGAGGAAAAAAAUGAAGAGUGGUAUCAAUUGCAAGAAAAAAAAAUGGAAAAAGAUCCAAGCAAAUUGCUUCUUUGGGCUGCUGAAAAAAAUCGGCUUGCUACAGUGCAGAGACUACUCUCUGAGAAGGCCGCUGAAGUGAACACUAGGGAUGAAGAUGAGUAUACUCCUCUUCACCGAGCAGCCUACAGUGGGCAUUUAGAUGUUGUUCGUGAGUUGGUGGCUCAGGGGGCAGAUGUUCAUGCUGUGACUGUGGAUGGCUGGACACCACUGCACAGUGCUUGUAAGUGGAACAAUGCCAGGGUGGCCUCUUUCUUACUUCAGCACGAUGCAGACAUCAACGCCCAAACAAAAGGCCUUUUGACCCCUUUGCACCUUGCUGCUGGAAACAGAGACAGCAGAGACACCCUGGAACUCCUCCUGAUGAAUCGUUACAUCAAACCAGAGCUGAAGAACAACUCACAAGAAACUGCUUCUGAUAUCGCCAGGAGGACAAGCAUCUAUCACUACCUCUUUGAAAUUGUGGAAGGCUGUACAAACUCUUCACCUCCGUCUUAAUGACUCUAGUAAUUUUCUUAAGUUUCAAAGUACCAGUGCCUCCCAUGUGUGAGAUAUAAAAUACUCCCGUAUACAGAGAAAAGAUGUCUCACUACAGAAAUUCUGUUGUACGCAUCACAGCUUCCUUCCAAGUGAGCUGCCUGACCUUGAUGCCAUAUGUAUUUGAGAGGUAUUUGGGUACAUCUGUGGUGAUUUCUGCAGUGUGUGAUUUUUAUCAAAAGUAAUUUUACUGGACACGGGUAGUACAGAAACUAAGGAUAUUUUUUGGUGCUGAUCCAAGAGAAAAGUAUUUUUAAAUAUCCCACACCCUGGGUCUUUGUUCAGUUUAGCAUAUUGACUUGUAUUUUUUAAAGCUAACUCCAAAUUUUCAUCUUCAACAUACUGGUGCAGUUCAGCUGUCUUCUCUGCAUCUCUAGUUUCUUUCAUUCUAAACAGAAACACUAAAAAAUUAGUGACUUAACAUCUUUGUAAGUUUUAAAAAAAUGAUGGAAUGUUUAGAUGUUUUGUUUUUUAAGAUGUAGGCCAUUCUGAGACAAGCAGUUAAGGAGAUGUUUAAUCCUUGAAUGUUUUACACUGCCUCCCCCACCACAUUCAUAAUCCUGUGGACAGUCCUACCUCACCCUGGUCAACCCAUGUGACCCUUACUGUUAUGGCCAGACAGUGUCUCCAUUUAGACAUGCACAAAACUGUAUCUUGGUCCAAAAGAUUAAAACUGCCCUCCGAAGUGUUCACCUUUCUCUCCUGCUGGAUUGGGCAUUACUCAUGAGUUCCAGGAAAUGUCCAGCACUAUCCCCACGGCCCUCAUUUUCUACAAGCCAUGACAAAGGAAAAAGGACAAGGAAUUCUAACAGUGAGGAAUGAUUGUCAUAUGGGACCAGAACAUCAAGUGGCUCAGGCUUUUUUAAAACAGAAAACAAAAACAAAAACAAGCAACCAAACAAACCAGAAGAAGAAAAGAAAAAAAAAAAAAAAAAAAAAAAAAAAAAAACAACUUAGAGUAUGGAUAGUAACACAGAGUGUAAAUACAAAUAGAAUAUAUAAGUUUUGACAGUACAGAAGGCAACUUGAAUAUAACUUCACCAGAUCUAUGGCACAUUUGUUCAAAUUACAUUAACUUCUUGGUGCCUGCAACAUAGUUUUUGAUGGACUCCCAACCCUCUAUAUUCCUGAGGGGUCUUCUGAACAUGAGAACUUGAAACCUAGGAAAGGGACACUGAGGGCUCCUUGUCAACUUAGAAUUACCUAGUAAAUACACCUCUAGCAUGUCUGGAAGGGAGUUUCUUGAAAAGUGUAACUGAAGAAAAGAUAUGCAUCCAGAUGUGGGUGGCACUAUCACCUGGGCUCAAGUCCCAGAUUAAAUAAAGAGAAAGCAAGC